UAUGUAGCUUGGUUACAUAUUUAUUUUGACAUCAAAAUUGUCACAGUUUUUCGAUGAAUGGAAAAUAUGAAAACUCUAGUCUAAAUUGAUGCAGAAGUGAAGAAUGCGUUAGAAAAAUGACCCGUACAUCUAACGAAAAUUUAUCAGAUACCAAUUCCAACGAUGAUGGACGCAAAACUUCUAAAAAUCCACUAACAUAUAGAAAAGGUAAGAUAACUAGAAAUCCAUUCCUAAAUUUUCUCCGAGAAGUAAGAAAAAAUUCCCAUGGUAUGAAUGUAAUAGAUAUAGUAGUUAAAGGCGCAAAUUUGUGGAGAAAAAUGGAUCCUAAAGACAAAAAGGUUUAUCAAGAACAAGCUAAAUCAGCCCCAUACAGACCACGCAAAAGGAAAUCGAGAAGAAGUUACACGCAUUAUAUAAGCAGGAGUAGAUCUUAUUGCUCUCCCGAUAGAAACAGUAAGUUGUACCAGAGAAAGAAGACAUCAAGAUACUGACUUUUGUGCCGUUUGUGAAUGAUAUUGAAAUUUAUGUGACUCAUUAAAAUAUUUUUAGAAAAUUCUUUCCCACAUAAUGUAUUUUGAAUUCCAAAUUUAUAAAAUUGAACACAGUUUUGUCAAAAUAUGCAAUAAAUCAAUUUUAUAUUCAACAAA